AUGCCCGACGCGCUCCGCACUCAGCUGGAGCUGGCCGCGCUGCUGCACGACAUCGGCAAGCUGGGCGUGCCCGAUUCCGUGCUGAUGAAACAGGGGCGACUCCAACCCGAGGACGUUUCCGCCCUCAGUCGUAGCCCGCGGCACGCGCAGGUGAUCCUCAGCCGCGCAGGGGCCCCCGAAAAGCUGAUUGAGGUGGUGAUCGCCUCGAACGCAUGGUUCGACGGCAGCCGCGGUCCCGAUGCGCUUGCCGGAGCAAACAUUCCUGCACUCGCCCGGAUCCUGUCAAUCGUCGACGCCUACGACUCUAUGACGACGGAUCACGUCUACCGUCCUGCAAAGUCACAGGAGCGGGCGGUGGCCGAGCUGUUCGCAUGCGCCGGCACCCAGUUCGACCCUGACCUGGUCCGCAGCUUUGUCGAUCAACUCGGCAAGAACCACGCCGAGCGCUCGACGGAGGUCUCCAAACGCUGGCUAUCUCAGCUCUCCACGGAGGUUGGCGAGCUGCCCUGGGAGUUCACACAGCACUCCCAAGCGAAUUCGGGCCAGUCGCCCAACGAAGAGGCGAUGUUCGAGAAGGAGCUGAUCGAUCACAUGCACGACGGCGUGGUGUUUGUGAACCCGCACCGGCAGAUCAUCCUUUGGAACACGGGCGCCGAGCGGCUGACCGGGGUCGCGAGCUCGGCGGCGGUUGGCCAGACACUGGUGCCGUCGCUGCUGGUGAUGAGCGCCCCAGACGGCCGCAUGCUCAACGACGAAGAAUGCCCCAUCGGCGCCGCCAUCAAUACAGGCGCCCCCAACGUUCAGCGGCUCAGUGUGAUCGGUCGGAAGGGCAAGCACGUAGAGGUCGACCUGCACUCUAUCCCGGUCUGCUCGCCGAGCCAGGGCGUGAUGGGGGCCACGGUCCUGCUGCACGAUGCCUCAAGCGAAGCCUCGCUCGAGCAGCGGUGCCAGGCCUUGCACGUCGAGAUGACUAAGGACCCGAUGACUCAGGUUGCGAACCGGGCCGAGUUUGAUCGGGCCCUGGCCAUGUUCGUUGACGCCCACCAAGAAACAGGUCUGCCUUGCAGCCUGAUCAUGGCGGACAUCGAUCACUUCAAAGCAAUCAACGACACCUACGGCCACCAGGCCGGCGACGAGGCCAUCAUCACGUUCGCCUCGCUGCUCAAGUCCAUGUGCCGGACGGGCGACCUGGUCGCUCGGUACGGCGGAGAAGAAUUCGCCGUGUUGUGCGCCGACUGCAACAACGCCACCGCCGCGAUGCGGGCCGAGCAGAUGCGUAGGACGCUGUCAGAAACCAACCAAACGGAACUCGGUGGCAAGUCGAUCACCGCCAGCUUCGGUGUGUCCGAGCUGCAAUCAGGCGACACACCCGAAACGCUGCUCAGACGCUCCGACCGGGCUCUGCUGCAGGCCAAGGAUCAAGGGCGCAAUCAGGUCGUUCAGCUGGGGGCUGGGAUGGAAGAAGAAGAACCCAAGAAGAGUUGGUGGGGAUUCGGCUCGUGGGGCAAGUCCCUAGUCGAGACGACCCUCGUCACGAACGUCCCGAUUGAGGUCGCGGUGGAAAAGCUGAAAGGUUUCAUCGCCGACCACAACGCCAAGAUCCUUAAGACCGCUGAGCACGAGAUCCGCAUCGAGUGCUCUGAUGCGGGAGCCCUGCGCCGCGCCAAUGACCGCCCGGUGGCUUCAGCGCAGGAAAGUUCUGCGCCUCGACCGGGAGUGGCGCGUAUUGACCUGGUCGACCUGCCGGCGCCCACCGUCGAGGUCAACCUGAGCGAGGGGCUCAUCCAUCAGUCCCUGGGCCUUGCCGAGGCCGUAUUGUCGGGCUUCAUCGACGGGCUGCAGGAGAACGCGGCGAGCGAAAACGCCGAAGCGGUGCGGUACAUCGCCGAGCAGAUCGGGUCCACCCGAGAACUCACCGAAGUGCUCGGUGAGGUAGUGCAGGGCGUCCACCUGAAUGUCUGGAAAAACGCACACGAGAUGGGUGACUCCGCCGCGCAACUGACCGAACAAGUCAGCGCUCAGCUCGCUCAGCAGGGAUGGGAGACAGCCGUGCGGGCCCGCGAUGGCGACAAGCGUGCUCACAUCUUCCUACAACGCCAGGGUGAGGCGGUGCGAGGCGUGUUCGUGCUCGCCCAAGACGGCCGCGAACUGGUGAUGGCGAACGUUGUCGGCGACCUGUCGGAGGAAAACGUGCAACGCCUCUCUGCCCUGGCUACCAAAAUCGCCGUCGAGGCCGGCCUGGACUCCGAAUUGAGCCGAGCCGUCAAGCAACUCCAGCAGCGCCGCGGGCAAUGA